AUGCUAAGUUUGGAGAAUCAGAUGGGUCAAAUGGCAACUGCUAUAAGUCGUUUAGAGGCUCAAGUUGGAGGGAAGUUGCCUUCUCAAACAGUGGUGAACCCAAAGGAAAAUGUGAAUGCAGCAACGCUAAGAAGUGGCAAGAAAGUGGAAGAACCGAAGCUGAACAUUCCAAGUGUAGCAAAGGAAGCAAAAAUUGAAGAUGAAUUUGGGAGAGAAGAGGGUACAACUGAAUCAAAGGUAAUUCCUAACCCUUCAAUUCAACUUCCAUCUAAUACUUUACCUUUUCCUAGUAGAUUCACGAAGUCAAAGAAAGAAGAGAAGGAUAAAGAGAUUUUGGAGAUGUUUCGCAAGGUGGAAGUGAAUAUACCUCUGUUGGAUGCAAUUAAGCAAGUGCCAAGGUAUGCAAAAUUUCUUAAGGAGUUGUGCACCAAUAAGCGGAAGUUGAACGGUGAUGAGAAGAUAAUAAUGGGAGAAAAUGUGUCAGUAGUUUUCCAAAGAAAACUUCCUCCCAAGUGCAAGGAUCCAGGGAUGUUUACAAUUCCUUGUAAGAUAGGUAACACCAAAAUUGAGAGAGCUAUGUUAGAUUUAGGAGCUUUGAUUAAUGUUAUGCCAAGAUCUAUUUAUGCUUCAUUAAAUCUAGGUCCUGUGAAAGAUACCGGUGUUAUUAUUCAAUUGGCUGAUCGCACUAAUGCAUACCCUGAAGGGGUAGUUGAAGAUGUUCUUGUGCAGGUCAAUGAGUUAGUGUUUCCUGCUGAUUUCUACAUUCUGGAUAUGGAUGAUUCUUCUUCUCCUGACCCUGCACCUAUCUUGCUGGGAAGACCAUUCCUAAAUAUAGCUCGGACAAAAAUAGAUGUUCAUGAUGGUACCCUCACGAUAGAAUUUGAUGGUGAAUCUAUUUUUGCUAUUGAUGUUGUUGAUCCUAUUGAUUCCAUAGUACAAGAGAUUUUUGAGUUAAAUAAUGCAGAUGAGUUAGAGGUUGCCCUUCUCAAACAUGUGGAAUCAGAGGAGAAAGGAAAGAUAGAGCUCAGUGAAGAAUUGAAGGAGACAGUGGCAGCUUUACGUUCUUUGAAACCGAGUCCAGAAAGGUAUGGAGUUUCUUUUAUAAAGCUGUCUGAUUCUCACCAGAAAUUAUUGCCUUCUGUUUUGCAGGCCCCUACACUGGAGUUGAAGCCAUUACUGGGCCAUUUGAAGUAUGUGUACUUGGGAGAAAAUGAGACACUGCCCGGGUAUAACCAGAUUGUCAUAGCACUUGAGGAUGAAGAGAAGACGACAUUCACAUGUCCAUUUGGUACCUUCACCUAUCACCGAUUGCUGUUUGGUCUCUGCAAUGCUCCAGCCACAUUCCAGCGAUGUAUGAUGCAUGGAAACUAA